AUGAUCAAAACAACAUAAACACCACUUAACAAAGAAGAAUAAAGACGCUUAAAUUAAAUAGUUUAAUAAUUAUUAGACUCCAAUGAUAGCGUAGAAUUUAGACAACCUGUAGAUUACAAAGCAUUAAACCUGCAUGACUACAUUACUAUUGUUAAAAAACCAAUGGAUCUUGGCACUGUCUAAAGAAAAUUAAAUAGUAACACUUAUAAGACAGUUGAAGAAUGCUUAGAUGAUAUUCAAUUAAUUUGGGAUAAUUGCAAAUUGUAUAAUGGUUCAUAGAGUGUAAAUAUUAUUAAUAAUAAUAAUAGUGGAUUACUAAGAUUGCAGAGAAAUUAGAGAGAUUAUUUAAAAAGAAUGUUAAAAACUACCUUCCUCUUGUAAAUUUACCACAAUUUGUACCAAAAUAGAAAGACUUAGGGGCAGAUGUAUUUUAAGAGGAACCUUAAGAUUUAGUGAGUUACAAUGAUAAAGUUGAGUUUUCAAAUAACCUUAAAUAAUUGGCUCCAGAAUAAAUAGGACUUAUUGUUCAUAUGAUUUAAAAUACAUCUCCAAAUUCUUUUGUGGAAAUAGAAGGAGAGAAGUAUCAAAUAAUAGUAGAUUAUAUUGAAUACGAAGCAUUUAUAAAAUGUUAAAAAUAAAUAUAGACUUGGAUUGCAGGAGAUACAAUCAAUAAGAAAGUAAAAAUUUGA